AUGUCUGGACCGAAAGAAAUUGUGAUCGUAGGCGCUGGCAUCAUCGGCUCAACUACGGCUUUCUAUCUCGCACGCCAUUCUGCCUUAAACGGUGCGCGGAUCACCAUCCUCGAGGCUUCCAAAUCUGGAGCGGCGCAGGGCGCAUCAGGCAAAGCAGGAGGUCUGGUUGCCAAAUGGGCCUACCCGUCCGCUCUCACGGGCGUCUCGUUCAAGGAGCACGUCGCUCUCGCCGAAGAGUUUGACGGUGCCAAGCGUUGGGGCUGGCGCUGGACGGGCGUCGGAUCCGUGGACUGCCGCGGUGCUCCGGGCAGCGAUCAGCGAGUGGGCGAAGGUCCGGGCCAGAAGGUAACUCUCGCGAAGCGCGACGGGCUUCGUGAUGGGCUCAAGGCGGGCAAGGCGGCGCGCGCCAAAGGCAUGCCCGACGAUCUUACUUGGGUCAACGCCGAUCUUACGGAUGGGUACGAAGAGAUGGCGCCUAAGGGACAUACAGCUCAGGUCCACCCUUACUUGUUUACCACAAGCAUACUGUCUCUCGCAGUUGAACGCGGGGUGCAGUUCGUUCGCGGUCGUGUGAACACCAUCGACCGCGCCAACGGUCGGAUAACUGGGGUGCAUUAUGUGGACGUCGAGACCGGAGCCGAGCACGCACUCACGGCAGACACGGUGAUCCUUACCGCAGGGGCGUGGUCGCCAACGCUCCUGCCCGAGUUGCCCAUAGUAGGGCAACGCGCGCACUCCAUCGUCUUGCGUCCGCCGCCCGAUACGCCUCGAGAUGCUGUCGCCCCCUACGUCCUGUUUGCGAACAUCCAGCUUCCUGGAUCGCGCAGCGCCGUCUCGCCAGAGAUCUAUCCUCGUGGGGACCCCGACCCAGAAAUCUACGUAUGCGGCCCAGGAGACACGCGAGCACCGCUACCGCCAACAGUUGAUGAAGUCGAAGUGGACAAACGCGCGUGCGAAGAGAUCUACCAGUGGGUCGCUCAAACAGGCGUGAUUGAACCAUGGGCCAUCGACAAGGUAUUCGCGCAGCAAGCCUGCUACCUCCCGAAUGUUCAGGGUCCGGGGGGACCAAUCAUCGGGAAGGCACCUGGCGCCGAAAAUCUCUUCAUUGCUACGGGCCAUACCUGUUGGGGUAUUUGCAAUGCGCCUGGUACGGCCAAGGCGGUUGCUGAGCUUGUUCUCGAGGGAGCGAUCAAGUGUGCGAACCUCGCGGCGCUCGAUCCCAAGAACUACAUGUAA